UAGUGAUUAGUGUUCUUAGCAUCGGACAAAAUAAACAAUAAGUUAAAAAAAAAAAAUCGCUUAUAUUAAUUAAAACUAAUAUUGAUCGUAAACGUCAUCGUCAUGUUGAUUAAAUUACAAUUCAUUUUAGUGUUAAUAAUAAAACAAAGUAUUAAAGAAAAUUAUGCAAGCUUAGAUGAUUCCUAUUUAAUGUGGGGUCAAUGGGUAUGUGACAGUGGAGAACGUAUUAAUAGAGAUGAACUUUGUGAUGGUUCUGUUCAUUGCAAAGAUGGUUCAGAUGAAACCGUACGCCACUGUAUCGAUUUUAAGUGCCCGGGCUAUGCUUUCCGUUGUGCUUAUGGCGCCUGCAUAUCAGGCAAUUACAAGUGUGAUAAGAAAAACGAUUGUGUUGAUGGUUCAGAUGAAAUUGAUCUGCUAUGCAAAGAAAGCAUACAUAACCUAUCAGAAAGGAUAAGAGGUCGAUGCGAUGAUGCUAGACUUUCUUUACAAUGCAAAUCGGGGGAAUGUAUUGGCACUGAAUUUAUCUGCGAUGGUCACCGCGACUGUAGUGACGGUAGUGAUGAAACGAAAGAAUUAUGCAGUUUUUAUGAAUGCCCUGAUUACGCGUUUCGUUGCGGUUACGGUGCUUGUGUGUCUGGUUCAGCUAAAUGCGAUGGUGUAAUGGACUGUGCUGAUAACUCAGAUGAAGAAAAUGAUAAAUGUCAUAAGCGGGCCAAUGAUAAUGCCUUCACUACUACUACUACUACUACCAGUCGACCCUUCAAUGCUUUAACAACUACUACGACUACUACGCCCAACUUAUCUCUUGAUAGCGAUGACUACGAUAACGGAAGUAGUUGUCGUGUCCUACAGCCGCACAUUUCUACAGUGGUCUCAUGCAGCUAUCAAAAUCAGAAUAUCAGUUGUGAUCAGACUUUGAGUCCAGAAUCUCAAGCAUUUAUCUCUUGUGCUCCUGGCUAUAAAUAUCGUCGCCGCCGUAACUAUGUACCUUUUAUUACCUGUAAAGGCAACGGUAAAUGGAGUCAUCCGUUAUUUCAAUGUGUUCCCAUCUGUGGUGAACUGGGUGAAAAAGACAAAGAUAAAGUAGUGAGACCGUGGGAUGUUACGGUAUUUCGUAAAACAAUGAACGAAUAUUCGCCUGUUUGCAGCGGUGUAAUUGUAUCGCAUAGGAUUGUACUCACCGUGGCGCAUUGUUUAAACCGUGAUGAACGAACUGUUGAUAUGCGGACCAAUCAGUACAAUGUGGUAGAAGGCUUCUACAAAUUCACUUAUAACGAGGGCGAUGUCCUUCCCACACGAAAACAUGAUUUAGAAAAGAUUUCAAUUUACUAUGAGUCCAAUGCAAACGAUUAUCGUGGACUGGUAAUACUCGUUUUGAAAAAUCAUAUCAGCUUUUCCGAGGCAAUAAAACCGAUUUGUUUGGUGCCGGGAGGUUUUCGUAAACGUAAUCGUUUACAUCGUCUCGAAUCGAAAGAAAACCUGAAUAUCGGCCUUAGUGUCUCGAUUGAAGAUUCUCGGCAUUAUUUGGAUUCUUUAGUGGCUAAUCUCUAUGACGACACAAAUGGACAACAAGUUGAAUAUUUAGAUGUAAAGCAUUUUAAGAUAUUCAUUAAGCGUCACAUGAAGCGUUACAGCGAUAUUUUGUGAAGUAUAUUGUCCUUGAAUUUGAGAAAUAAAAUCGAGAAUAACAACAAUUCAACCGAUUUGAUAAUCAAGACAUUUAUUUAAGUAACUUGUUGUUCUUGUUGUUGUCGUUAUUAUUUUGUUUUAUUAUUCUUU